CUAGAAACUCAACUUUCUCAAAGGCAGCUUACAUCAGGCACAGUACAGUACCUCCCUGCAGACGUUUCCUUCGGAAAGUGCUCCUCCUCUGGCUUUUUUUUUUACCUCUCUUUAUGCAGAAAACGGAUAAAAUAUCUCUUGCUGAAAAUAGAGAGAAAGUUUCACCAACUGAUUAAAAAAUCUGUCACCUCCAGGACACAUGACUUAAUGGAAUAAAUGGAACUGCUUUAUAAUAGAGAAGACAGGACUUUUCAGAGAUUAUUGGGCAGCAGGAAUGAAACAUUGGCAGUAAAGGUGGAUUGUUCACAUAUGUGCUGACAACUACAGCCUGGGGUAGCCACUUUACAGGAAUAUUACAAAUGAUCUUGGAUCCAGACGGAUGGGGAAUUCUGUUAAAAAGAUGAAUUUUUCCUGCUGAUUCUAACAGUAGAAACUGUGUAUCUUUAGUGGAAUAACUCAGAGACAAGGUUUCAAUGUUGCCGAAGUGCCGAAAAAUGAGAGGGAAAAGCCAAAUUCCACUGAUUUUACCCUUAUUCCUACUAAUCCUGAGCUCAGUGGAAUCUCAGGUCAAUCCAGCUGUCUGCCGUUACCCUCUGGGCAUGUCGGGAGGACAUAUCCCUGAUGAAGAUAUUACAGCCUCCAGUCAGUGGUCAGAAUCUACAGCGGCCAAAUAUGGAAGGCUGGAUUCAGAAGGAGGUGAUGGAGCAUGGUGUCCAGAGAUGCCGGUAGAUCCUGAAGAACUAACAGAGUUUCUCCAAAUUGACCUACGUGUUCUCCAUUUUAUAACCUUGGUGGGCACCCAAGGGCGACAUGCUGGAGGACAUGGCAAUGAGUUUGCUCAGAUGUUCAAGAUCAAUUACAGUCGGGAUGGAACCCGCUGGAUUUCUUGGAGGAAUCGGCAUGGUAGACAGGUUCUAGAUGGAAAUGUCAACCCUUAUGACAUUGUCUUAAAAGACCUUGAGCCACCAAUCGUAGCUAGAUUUCUACGAUUUAUCCCAGUGACUGACCACUCUAUGAAUGUUUGCUUGAGGGUUGAGCUGUAUGGCUGUGUUUGGCUUGAUGGAUUAGUUUCAUACAAUGCUCCUUCGGGGCAGCAGUUCCUUCUCCCAGAAGGCUACGCCAUUUACCUGAAUGACACUAUCUAUGAUGGAGCAAUUGGUUACAGUAUGACUGAAGGACUUGGCCAAUUAACAGACGGUGUUUCUGGGCUAGAUGACUUCACGUUGACUCAUGAGUACCACAUGUGGCCUGGGUAUGACUACGUAGGAUGGAGCAAUGAAAGCUUCAGCAAUGGUUAUGUGGAAAUCGUUUUUGAAUUUGACAGAAUAAGAAACUUCACAACCAUGAAGGUUCACUGUAACAAUAUGUUUUCCAAGGGAGUUAAAAUCUUCAAGGAUGUCCAGUGCUUUUUUCGCUCCGAUGCUAAUGAGUGGGAAGCUAAUUCCAUCUCAUCCACUUUAGUUCUGGAUGAUGCCAACCCCAGCGCUCGCUAUGUAACUGUGCAACUCCAUAAUCACAUGGCUAGGGCAAUCAAGUGCCACUACUACUUUGCUGACUCUUGGAUGAUGUUUAGUGAGAUCACCUUUCAAUCUGAUGCUGCAAUGUACAACAAUUCAAUGAACCCUCCACAGCCAGCUAGUGUCCCAACUACAUAUGAUCCCACUCUUAAAGUAGAUGACAGCAAUACGCGCAUUCUGAUUGGUUGUCUGGUAGCCAUUAUUUUCAUUUUGGUGGCAAUUAUUGUCAUCAUCCUCUGGAGGCAGUUCUGGCAAAAGAUGCUUGAGAAGGCUUCCAGGCGGAUGCUGGAUGAGGAGCUAACAGUUAGCCUCUCCCUUCCCAGUGAUUCCAGCAUGUACAACACCAAUCGCCGCCAUGAUUCUGUUUCAGCCAGUGAGCAGGAGUCAAAUUCAACCUAUGACAGGAUAUUCCCAUUAGGUCCAGAUUACCAGGAGCCCACGCGACUCAUACGGAAGUUGCCGGAAUUUACUGCCCAGACUGUAGGAGAGGAAGAAACUGCAGGUAGUUCUGCUGGAAAAUCUGCUCUGCCUGCUAGUGCUGAUGGAGUUCCUCAUUAUGCUGAGGCAGAUAUAGUAAAUUUACAGGGGGUAACAGGUGGUAACACAUAUUCUGUCCCAGCCAUCACCAUGGAUCUUCUGUCUGGUAAAGAGGUGGCAGUGGAGGAGUUUCCCAGAAAGCACCUGACCUUCAAAGAGAAACUUGGUGAAGGUCAGUUUGGAGAGGUGCAUCUUUGUGAGGCAGAAGGGGUAGAGGAAUUUCUUGAUAAAGACUUAAUUCUGGAAACUAGCCCUGGUCAGCCCACCCUGGUGGCAGUGAAAAUGUUAAGAGCAGAUGCCAACAAGAAUGCCAGAAAUGACUUUCUAAAAGAAAUCAAGAUAAUGUCCAGAUUAAAGGAUCCCAAUAUUAUACGUCUGCUAGCUGUGUGUAUUGCAGAGGACCCGCUGUGCAUGAUAACAGAAUAUAUGGAGAAUGGAGACCUCAAUCAGUUCCUCUCACGGCAGCAGCCUGAGGGGGGGCUGCCUGCUGCCACACUGCCAAUAAGUUACACAGAUCUCAGGCACAUGGCUGCACAGAUUGCCUCUGGGAUGAAGUAUCUCUCCUCUUUGAAUUUUGUACACCGUGACCUUGCUACGCGAAAUUGCCUGGUGGGAAGGAAUUACACAAUCAAAAUAGCUGAUUUUGGAAUGAGUCGCAACCUUUAUAGUGGAGAUUAUUAUCGAAUUCAGGGGAGGGCUGUACUUCCAAUUCGCUGGAUGUCAUGGGAAAGCAUAUUACUGGGAAAAUUUACAACUGCAAGUGAUGUUUGGGCCUUUGCAGUCACUCUGUGGGAGACCCUUACUUUCUGUAGGGAGCAGCCAUACUCUGAGAUGUCAGAUGAGCAAGUAAUAGAGAACACAGGGGAGUUCUUCCGAGAUCAAGGAAAACAGGUUUACCUUCCGAAGCCAAACAUUUGCCCAGAACGUGUCUACAAACUGAUGCUGAGCUGCUGGAGGCGAGAAACCAAAGACAGGCCAAGCUUUCAAGAGAUAUGUCAAAGUUUGCAGUCAGAAUCUGGUCUGCAUGAAGGACCCUUGUAAAUAAAUUCUUUCUAAUCCAUGGGCCAUGGAUUAUGAGUCUGUGCAAAAUGAUAAGUGGGUGAUUGACCAAAUAUAUAAUUAAUUCCAGUGACUUCAUUUAUAGAACAAUAUGCAUCCAUUUGUAAGUUAUUGGAAGUCACUGGAGAGUUUGAAAAACCAUUAAGGUCUUGAUUAAAUAGGGGUAUACUUGUCUUUUAUAACAUGUGUAAUAACUAUGGACUUUAAGUAUAGGCAAAGUAAAUGACAUUUUUUUUAUUUUGAAUGAGACUGUUUGCUUAUAGGCAAGGUACAGUAUUAGCCUACAGCUUUUUUCAUCAUACAGGUCAUGGAAUUAGAAGAAUUUGUAUAUACUUAAUUGUUGGAGAACUACAACUUCAAGCCUUCAGCUUGUAAAGAAAAGUGUAUAUAUAUAGCACUUCCCCUGCAUAGGGUUAGAGGCACUUUACAGUCAUCUAAGAAGCACUAUGUAAUGAUAAUGUACAUUGUCCGCAGUAAUGGAAAGUUGCAUUAUUCAAAUGCUUUAGGCUGAACUCUGAUGUUAAAGAUGGUUAUUUAAUAUCUAGAACAGAGGUUUUCAUAAUUAUGGAGGACAGUUAUGGGGCCCUCCUUAUGGUUCAACAUCUGUUCAGGACCCCCUGAGUUUAUAGUAGAUACAUUUAAUAAUUUGCGUAACAGUCGCCCUGCUGGGCUAAUAGGCAUUGAUUCCAAUAUACAGCUUGGGCCACCCCAUCUUCUGCAGUGAGUCUUCCUCAGGGACCAUCCCCAUUCUUUAGCAGCAUUGUUUUGUGUUACCUCUUCAUAUAUCAUUAUUAUUUGGGGGUGCUAACCCUUUUAGUAUUUGGAAUAAGAUUUAGUGAAUAAUAUUGGUGUUUUCACAUAACAUUUUUGUUAUAAGCAUCUCUCUGAUGUCUGAAAGAAACAGGCUUUGAAAACAUAUUCAAAAAAUCACCAGGAGGUCCCAAUUUGACUUAAACCUAUUAAUUUCUAAUAAUAGUGUAUAUAGGAACACAUUAGGACAUUUGCUAUUGAAUACACAGUGUCUUACCUACAUCUUCAGCAGUCAUCAAAAUGACUUGAUUUUACAAAGCACUAACAACCAUCUAGAACCAGUGGUGUCCCUUUAAACUAAACCCCUGUUCCAUGUAUAUAUAUAUAUAUAUCUGUUCCACUGACGGCACUCACCAAUCGCAGGCCACGUGCCGGGUGCUCACCAAUAAUAUAUAUAUAUAUAUAUACACGUAGACGUCUUUCACUCUUCUGUGAGAAAAUAUUUUCAAACCUUUUCAGGCUCUUCAACAAAUGGAAAUAGCCCAUGGAUCUAUAUAAGGUAGCAGUCUGUGUACAACUGACACUACUCAGUGAAUGCAGACAAUGCCUUUGUUCUACUUAUUUAUGAUAUAUUAUAGCCAGCUAGAGUUAUUUAACUGACUAGUAUUUUUUAUAUAUAGGUUUUUAUGUUUAUUAGUUCUGUGGUAAAUAAAUUGCUUUUUGGUAGUUUUCAGAUAGGAUUUAGGACGUUU